AAUAGAAGUGGCAUCUUCGUUUCUAUACUGUGGGUUGUUGUCAACUGUUGCAAUCUGCAUUCCUGAACAUCAUCUGGGAACUGCCUAUGGGUUGAUGCUCUCAGCACAGAAUCUUGGCACGGCUGUGGUGUCUCUAGUGGCUGAAAAAUUAGCUGACAAUCAUGGCUAUCUAUUGGGGGUCUUCUCCAUCUCUCUGGCUGCUUGCGUCCUGGCAAUAAUUGGUCUCAUGUGGUACGACAGACGGCAUGACGGGGAUUUGAACAGGCGUCAUUGGAGGAGAGUCUACAUAGUUUUUGAUACGAUGCAUGACUCAGCAGACACGGUCAUGUCGGAGCCUGUGAUUCUAGUCUCUUUGUCACGCACGACCAGUGACACAGACGUGAGAGACCAAACCGAAGCAUUGUUGCCAGACUGGUCUGCCACUAAAACAAGUUCAGAAGAUAGCCCAAGCGUGGCCAUUAGCGAGAGGCAUCUUGGUUAGCCCAUUCACAAAGCAGGGAGAAUACAGUGAACCUUCGUUAUUAUGACCAUGGUUGUUCCCGAAAAGUUUGGUCGUAAUGCGGAAUUGUCUUAUUAACGGGGGGAUUUGCAGAGGUUUCACUGCAUUAUUCCCCAGGAGUAUGGUCGUAAAGCACCUAUGUCAGAUUACGGGGGGUCUUAUUAACGAGGGUUCGCUGUUUGCAGCAUUGACCAGCCACAAUUCAUAUCUAUAACUACAGGAUGAAUAUAACAAAGGUUUCACAUUUUGUUCUCACCGUAAAAAUAGAAAAUGGUGUUUUUGGCGCUUCAAACGUUUGAGACCGAACGUUUCAGAAAAUUUUACCCGUAUUUUUUUCAUUGUAGAAAACGAGUUAGAAGCAAUCCAAAUUCUCAGCCCAUGCAUUUGCUAUGGCCUAUACCGCCUGCAAACUGCCGUGUUUUCCUCUGUCUCCUUCACAUUCACAUCACCACGUAUAGUUGGUGCUGCAUCGAAACCCUGCACCUGAUCCACCUCGUUGUUCGUUGUUUCAUAGGUUUUGCCUUUGCUUCGUGUCCAGGUAGCGCCACCUAUACGUGGUGAUGUGAAGUGAUGGUGGAAUAGGCAACCCUAAACCUAAACCUAA